GCCCAUCUUGCCCAGGCCUCCAAAGACGGGUGUUCUGGGCCCACAUUGAGCGAACGAUUGCUGAAAUUUCUGGUGAUGGUAGCCGUGUUUCUGCUGGCGGCAACUGUCCGAGGUGAGUGGCUUUUGCUGGUAGUCUUGCUCGGGAAGAGUCGUCUACAGUUGUGGUAUGCUCAGCUGUGUGAGGUGAUAGAGGAACCGUCAGGGCACCAAAGCCUCACCAAUAGAUCAGGUGAAGGGGGAUUUAGCCUGGAUCGUUACAAACUCCAAAACGUACACCUUGUGAUAGGAUUUUCUCUGCUGACGUCGUUCAUCAUGUUCUAUACAGUGUCCUGGGGAUUGCAGUGGAUUUAUUACAUUAAACGUCGAGAUAAGCCUGAGGAGUGGAAAUGCCAGCCAGACCGGUUCCUGACUCCGGACAAUGAGCGCCAUGAGAUCUUUAUGGGUUCCUGUAACAUGGCGCUGGGGGCGGUUGUGUCAGGAAUCUUGGCCACCUACAUCAUCAAUGGCGGGCACACAACAUUGUAUUACGGGUUAGCCGACCGAGGCUAUCUGUACCUCGUGCUUUCCAUCCCUGGCCUGUUCCUCUAUGACGAAGCCUCAGCGUAUUACUACCACAGGAUGUACCACAGCCCCUUGCUGUACCGCUGGAUUCACAAGGCCCAUCACCGCUACGGUUGCCCUACCGCCUUCAGUGCUGUCGCCAUGCACCCACUGGAGAUGUUGCAUUACCAGGCCUAUCUGGCUGCUCCAGCUUUCACUGUGCCGCUACAUGCUGGUGCAUUUGUCGGAGUUCUGCUGUACAUCUACUACUACGGCAUGAUUGACCAUUCGGGGAUUCGGUUUGAUUCUAUCUGGCCAUGGCAGGAACCCUCAGUAUUCCACGACAAUCACCAUCGAUAUUUUCACUGUAACUUUGGCGCCAAUACCAAACUCUUCGAUUGGCUGCAUGACACAUGUCGCAGAAAAGACAGGAUCUACGGGGAGCACAUAUUUGGAGGCAGAGGUAAAAGGAAGGAAAGUUCGAAACAAAACUAGCGGCGAGUGAAGGGGAGAUUCAGUGCUGUCAUAUAGCUGAAGAGAAAUCAGUUGCCGUUUGCAACUUAAAUUUGCUUAUGACGCUGAUGUACAGUACACAUCAAGCACAGAGAAUUCAAUGCAAAUUACAAUGUUGACCAAAAAUCAUCGUUAGUAUACAAAAAAGCGCAUGGACGAUAUCAGCACUUUAAUUUUGUUGUCUGAUGGUUCCAUGACUUCACGUGGAGAGUCAGGGGUGUCAUCGCCGAUGAUGAAUCAGUUGUUGUCUGUAACACAGAUUUACUAAUGACGCAGAUGUACCCAAGGUA